CAUGUUUUAGAUUCUCAAAUUGUCGUUGUAGUUAUGAUAUUCGUGAGGAAAUCUUUUGACGAUUUAAAAACCUGAACAUUUCAUAGCGUUGCAACGCGAAACGAUUGAAUAAUUUGGAGUGUUGUGUUGUUAUCGUUAUAUUUUAGGAUACUUCGAAGAUUGCUUAUAUAAGAUAUAAAAUACAUCAGUGAUUGUAUGAGCACGGAUGGCCGAGUGGUAUAAGCGAUAGACUUUUACUCCAGGGGUCAAUGGUUCGAGCCCAGUUGAGGGUUACCUUUUUCUCUCUUACAUUUUAUUAUUGUUUUUUUUUUACAGAAGCUUUUUAAAACCGAUUUUUACAUUUAUCAAUGUGAAGUAAGUCUUGGCAAAGUUCAAUACAUGCAAAGAUCAGUGAAAAGACCCCUUUUACGGCGUCUAUCUGACCUUAAACAGUGAGUACCGGUGUUUGAAAGUAAACACUCAAUAAAAAUAUACUACCGUUUAUUACAUCGGAAGGGACCAGAAAGAUGCCGGGGAACGAAUUGUUCUUACUCAGUACCAUUCUUGCCCCAGCCACAACGUAGUUACAGGACAAAAUUAAGCUAUACUAUAUUACAUGGCGUCAUAUUGUUUAAUUCCGUGACGUCAUUUAGCUUUGAACAGUGAUUGGAUAUGAAAUGCUUCAAACCAUUUAUCAAACAAAACACGAUCAGCGUAUUACCUGGCCUAGAAAAAUAAAAAUAUUUUUUACAAAAUUAGUCAUGUUUCAUCAGACACGUAUCUGUUAGACAAGCGGACACCAUCUCAUUCGAACUUUUAAGUAACAUGAAAUUUAAGAUAAUUGGCUAAAUUAUUUUCAUUCGCAUUACUUUAACUUAUACAACUGAAAUAUUAUAAGUGUUGCAAUAAUAACAGUAACGAGCAGUUUAUACGAAUUAAGUACAAUGUAUAUGCAUAAGUUUUCCUUUCUAAUACUAUUUCACAAUCUAAUGUUCUGACAAUCAACACUACUGCUGCAUUCUUGUCCAUACUGUUAUCAUUAUAAACAAAUGGACUUUAUGUUCCUAACAUCUUAUUGCAGCCGUGUAUAGAUGGCUGAAGGUGGAGUCAGACGUGAUAAAGGGUUCUCCAGACAACAGCCGUGUAUAUAUGGCUGAAGGUGGAGUCAGACGUGAUGAAGAGUUCUCAAGACAGCCGUGUGUAGAUGGCUUAAGGUGGAGUCAGAAGUGAUGAAAGGUUCUCCAGACAACAGCAGUGUAUAGAUGGCUGAAGGUGGAGUCAGACGUGAUGAAGGGUUCUCCGGACAACAGCCGUGUAUAGAUGGCUGAAGGUGGAGUCAGACGUGAUGAAGGGUUCUCCAGACAACAAUCGUGUAUAGAUGGCUGAAGGUGGAGUCAGACGUGAUGAAGGGUUCUCCGGACAACAGCCGUGUAUAGAUGGCUGAAGGUGGAGUCAGACGUGAUAAAGGGUUUUCCAGACAACAGCCGUGUAUAGAUGGCUGAAGUUGGAGACAGACGUGAUGAAGGGUUCUCCAGACAACAGCAGUGUUUAGAUGGCUGAAGGUGGAGUCAGACGUGAUGAAGAGUUUUCCAGACAGCCGUGUAUAGACGGCUGAAGUUGGAGUCAGACGUGAUGAAGGGUUCUCCAGACAACCGCAGUGUAUAGAUGGCUGAAGGUGGAGUCAGACGUGAUGAAGGGUUUUCCAGACAACAGCCGUGUAUAGAUGGCUGAAGGUGGAGUCAGACGUGAUGAAGGGCUCUCCGGACAACAGCCGUGUAUAGAUGGCUGAAGGUGGAGUCAGACGUGAUAAAGGGUUUUCCAGACAACAGCCGUGUAUAGAUGGCUGAAGGUGGAGUCAGACGUGAUAAAGGGUUCUCCAGACAACAGCAGUGUAUAGAUGGCUGAAGGUGGAGUCAGACGUAAUGAAGGGCUCUCCGGACAACAGCCGUGUAUAGAUGGCUGAAGGUGGAGUCAGACGUGAUAAAGGGUUCUCCAGACAACAGCAGUGUAUAGAUGGCUGAAGGUGGAGUCAGACGUGAUGAAGGGUUCUCCAGACAGCCGUGUAUAGAUGGCUGAAGGUGGAGUCAGACGUGAUGAAGGGUUCUCCAGACAAGCCCUGGUUCAGUGGGAAAAUGCAUCUGUUGAGGCAUGCACUGUACUGAGCUGGCUCGGUUACGGGCCGGAUAUCAUACAGGCUCGAAGAGACGCACACAGGGAGAAUGGCAGGCAGUACAUUGCAAUGGCCAGUGGGCGGAAACGAAUAUUAUCACGGGCAGCAAGGCUGAGGGGCUGACCUCCUUCCUGGAAAUUGAUAGGGAUGAAAUGUUUCUACUCAAUAGUGUGAUCUGUCAAGAAGAUGACGUACAUACUUAUAUCUAUCCUAGGGAGAUAAAAGUUCUGAGAUCAUGCAACCGUAUGAGUUACCACGGACACUGUAGACUGCUACUCGAGAGACGCGGUACAAUGAUUCACCCGAACGUAGACGAUGCGUUUUGUGAUGAUGGAUAUGGUCGAGAAAUUUUGAGCAGUGACUUAUAUGUUAAUAACUGGUCGAACGUUCACUUGUCGGCAAAAACGGUGCGGCAUGACCAUGCGGGACCGUCAACUCCAACAACAAUUCUGGGAGCAGUUCACACCGAUACAGUUUGUGCAUUACGUUACCACUGCCCCAACAUCCUGUCUAAAUGGGCCACAAGACCACGCCACUGGCCGCCACCGGAAGUCGUUCAGAAAGUCGUAUCACUUGGAGCAUUUCUUACGCCUGUUGGAUUUAAAGGCAGUGAAUAUCAACAUGUUGAAUGGAGAGUGUGCUUUAACGCCGGGGAGAUCGAACUAGUAAACAAUCUUAACGAGAUUCAAAUAAAAUUGUAUGUGUUAUUGAAAAUGGUGAAGAAAGACGUAUUAAAUCCACGUAAGAAAGAAGUUUCAUCAUACACGUUGAAGAACAUUGUAUUAUGGAUAACGGAAAAUAAUCCUCAGUCCUUGUUCCAUGAAAGAAGUCUGUUGUACUGGUUGCAUGAGGGAUUGGAUGAGCUUAGGUGUGGGUUGGGCACUCGAGAGCUUCCAUAUUAUAUGAUUCUAGAUAGAAAUAUGAUGGCCGCCUGUGGACUUGAGGAGGCACAGCAGCGUACAUGGAUAUCAACGAUUUCCGAAAUGAUGUAUGGAGGUCCCAGGAUGCUACUGAGACUUACAAAGAUACGACAAGCCCUCAUAGGUCACCCUGAACCAUUCCAAUGGUACAACAGGAGGAGAAUGGAGCUAGAGAUUCUGAAUCUCAUUGAAAUGAACAGAAUGUUCGGCUGCAUUGAUGAGAACGGGGUGUUCCGUGAUAAAGACGUUACCAUGCAGUCAUUAAAGAGACGCAGGAACGAAAUUCUGAGGGAGGUUAUCCUGAUGAUGAUUAUGGAAUGGAGUCUAGUUUACAACGUGGAUAAUGUUUAUGAAAGAAUUUUGGUGUAAAACGUUUGCAGCGAUCAAUUUAUGUUCAGUUACGUGUCAUGGAUACAACUCAUUUAUAAAUAUUGGGUACGUUCAUCGUUUGAAGUAUCAAAGAGCAUUUUUGAGAAAAAUAUGAUAUUUAAAUGAAUUCAAGUACUUAUAAAGUAGAUUGCAUAUGUUCGCACAUUUGUUAGAGAACUCUGUUACAAAGUUAUAGUUGACAGUCGUCUUUAACCUUUUUCAGGACAAAAAUAAUAUUUGCAAAAAGAUUAUUUCGUAACGUUCAUCGAUGACAUUCGUGUUUAUCUCGUUGAUAAUGAACUGAUUUUUUGAUCGGCAAUACUGAAUUAAACAUAUUACUAUUGCCGUAAUCGAUGCAACUAUUUGCAUAUACAUGUAUGUAUUAUACUGUCUCUAAAAUUCCUUGGACAACAUUAUUGUUGAAUCCAUUCAAAUCAUACAUGAUGCAGUUGGUGUGAGAUUAUGUUAAGUUGCAGUUGAAUAUAUAAUUGCUAGUGUUUUCUAUUGACAAAACACGUGUAGUUACAAGUGUUUUGUGCGAUUUAUAACGGACAUAUAUUUUUCAAUGAAAUACCUAUUUAUAUUUUUACUGUAGAUAAGUGGAUGUAUACUAUUGCAUUGGUGUGUUUUUAAAGGUAUUAGUUGCUUUUGCCGUAAAUCUAUUGAAACGAUUUUUUUUCUGUUCUGCUAUAAUGGUUCAUUUUUGUUGUUUACAGCGUAAUAACCCAAUUUGCACAAGUCAUGGCGUAUUUAUUGAUGUAUGCUUUUUAUGUUCUCUAUCAUUCUAUUGGCUUCGUAUUACGUUAAUAUAAAAUGUCAUGUGUCGUUGCAACCGCAUUUUUGUUCAUUUCAACAAAAAUGUAUAUUUUUGUAAAUGUGUUGAUACAUUCAAUUUUACAGUCGUCCACACUUAACAAAUGAAUAUUAUCAACAUUUUUUGAAUAAACAUGUUUUGAGGUAUUUAUAAAACGAGUAUAUGUAUUUAGAGUAAGCAUAAUGAUUACCGUACUGCUUUUGUAACUGUUGCUCUUAUAUCGGUCAGGUUACACGUACUGAUGAAUCCAGUGUGUAUGUUGCUGUAUAUGUAUUGGUCAAUUUAAUUUAACAGUCGCCCUCAUUAAAAAUUGGGCUCAAGAUUCAAGCUAUACUAUCUUUAACUUAAUUUGUCUUAGGCCUUUACUAUCUGGAGAAGAAAAUAUAUAAUGUUAAGCUGAAUCUUUCAUAGAAAUAUAUAGUAUGGUUCAUUAUAUGAAUGACUUAGGGUUGACAAUGGAUAAAUGGCAUCAAAUAUAAGGUGUCAAAAGAUGUCAAUGGUGUGAAAGUUUAUGCAUUGGCAUGUUGGCGGAUGACUGACUAUAGUAUUUUAAGCAAAUACAUGAAAGACUCUUCCGGUCACGUGAUACAGUGUUUGCAGUGUUAAUUGGUGUAGUGAAAAUAUUCAAUUAUUAAUAAUAUACAGCAAAAUAAAACGUUUAUGUGUUACAAACAAUUGUACGGAUAUAUGAUGUUCUACUUACUGGACUGUAAAUUGGACAUACAAGUGUUUUGAAAAUGGAUUUAUAAGAGUUUUCUGUGCCCGUGUAGAACCAGUUUAGUGUCACGGCCAAGCGGGAAAACGAGCGACGAAGCAGUUUGGAAAACAAAAACAUAUCAAGGCAAGAGUUUAUGCAUAGCUCUCUAGAUGACAAAAUGAUCCACAUGUUUGGUGAGCUACGAUUUAUUCGCAGUGAACAAAUUAACUUUAGCAAAAAUAUGAUGGGUCUGCAAAAUUCAGUGAUAACCCUCAAUGAAAGCCUCAAUCAAGUUGUUUCAACAACAAACACACACUCAGAUUUUCUGAAAACGUUGGCGUAUAAAUCGAUUGAUAUAGAGGCAAGAUCGAGGCGUAACAAUCUUAUAUUUCGUGGCUUUAUUGAAAAUUUUGGUGAAAACUGCAAUCAGCUCAUUGUUGAUUUUCUGAAGAACAACCUUGACAUUGAUCCGCAACAUGUAUAUAUCGCAAGAGCGCACCGACCCGGACAGAACAAUCCAAACAAAAUGCACCACAAUAGGCCGAUAAUUGCCAAUUUUCGAGAUUAUGGUAACGUUGAGCUUCUAAUAAACAAUGUACGCCGAUUGCGGAAUACAAACUUUUCAGUUGACUAUGAUUUCCCACUUGAAAUCCAAGAGGCCCGUGGCAGGCUUUGGCCCAAAUAUAAAGCACUAAAACAGCAAAACCCGCGGUCGAAAGUUCACAUCGUGUUCCCGGCAAAGCUAAUUAAAGAUGGAACUAUUAUACAAGAUGAGUUGCCCGAAUGGGGCAAAUACAUUGGGACUAACCGGUUGAUAAAUGUGCGCAAGAUCAGUGCUGUUCAUCCCGCGCAUAUUCGUGGUAGAACAAGGAUGUCACCCUUUAUGUACCAGUCCCCUUAUGUACCACCCCUUUAUGUACCACUAUCUGACCCUUUAUGUACCAUAUAUAUAAUAUAUAGAGAUAAAUAAUAUAUGGUUUAAUAUGAAGGUGUGUUAAUAAUGAAAUGUAUUUUGUGACAUAUUAUUUAUGAAUUUAGACUAAUAUAUUGCCAUAGAUUAUAUUUUAUGCCAGCUUGUGUGUCAGUGACUGUCUUAGUAUAAUUUAUUAGCCCCAGUAGUAAUAAAUGAUUCAUAUUCUUACCUGAAAUUAAAGUACAUGUAUAUUAUAAAAAUCCAUUUGUCACUAUCUUAUCCUGACUAAGUCUAACUUAAAUGUUUGUAUUUCCUAUUGUAUAGUUGAAAUGUGAUACUUUGAAGAGAAGGGAGAAUGACCUUCAUUUCAAACUGUACAAAAUAAAAUUAUUUCCUUUUUUAAUCAUGUUUAGAGAAUGAGCUUAAUUUUCAAACUGUGAAAAAAAAUCCUUCUUUAAUUAUGUUUACAAAAAAACUAACUGGUGGUGUCAUCAAAGGAUGUCUAUUUGUGGUAUAAAUAAAGUUAUUAGGUACCUAUGUAAUUAUAAAAUUAUCACGUUUAUUUUCAAAUAAAAAAUCAAAGAGAGGAUAAAGAGAAAGUUUUCACAGGUUAUCAAGUAAUUAAGGUAAGUGUUGUUGCUCAUUUGUUAAAGUGUGUGUAUAUGCUGGUGAUAUUCAAUAUGUAAAACCAUACCAACAUAAGGAUGAAGAGUAAAGAAGUGUCACAUGUACUAUGUAUAUUGGAGUGUUUGUACUGUUCGUGAAAAAAUAAAAUGUUCUUUGCUGUUUGUAUUUGUACUGUUGUUUAAAGAAAAAAUAAAAUAAACUCCCUUAUUUUAUGAACUUUUCAUUUGUAAUUUUUUGUACUAUGAUGUAUGCUUGUAUUUGUACUGUUUGCCAAUAAAGAAAAAAAACCUCUAAUGAUUUGAAUGAUAAAUGCUGUUUGCUUUUUAUGUGCUACUUUUAUGUAUAUAUUCAUUUGUACUGUUUGCCAAUAAUCAAAUAAAAGUAUUCCAUUAUCAAUUUUGUGAAUGAGAAAUGUGUUUGGCUUUUCAUGUGCUACUUUUAUGUAUUAAAGGGAUCUUUUCACGGUUUGGUAAAUUGACAAAAUUGAAAAAAGUUGUUUCAGAUUCGUAAAUUUUCGUUUUAGUUAUGAUAUUUGUGAGGAAACAGUAUUACUGAACAUUUACCAUAGUCCAAUAUAGCCAUUAUAUGCAUCUUUUGACGAUUUGAAAACCUAAAAUUAUAAAGCGUUGCAACGCGAAACGAUUGAAUAAUUUGGAGAGUUCUGUUGUUGUCGUUUAAAUUUACGAAACUACGAAGAUUGCUGUUAUAAGGUAUAAAAUACUUUACUUCACACGGCGGAAUAGCCGAGAGGGCUAAUGCGUUUUUACUUCAGACUAACUCCAGGACUCCGGAGGUCACUGGUUCGAGCCCCGGUACCGGCUACUUUUUUUUCCUUUUUCUAAUUUUAUUCUUGAUUUUUUACUGGAGCUUUUAAGAUCACAUGUUUACAUUUAUCAAUAUAAAGCAUUUAAUGACAAACUUCAAAAUAUGCCAAAAUCUGUGAAAAGGCCC